ACCAACGAAUAUAAUAGCGAAUCAUACUUUUUCGGUGAAUUUCCUUCCUGUUGCAGCGGUGUGAGUGUUUUGAAUUUCGCAAAAUUUUCAGCCAAAUUGAUCAGAAUACUCCGGAAAAUAGCAUUUUUCCGUAGAUUGGGUGUCGCCACCUUCGGUAGGAAGUACUUGCAGACAACAUUUAUCCGUAAAAUCGGAUAUUUCCGUGGUUGAAAAUCUUUGUUAUCUUUUAGCUCGUGUUCCUAGUAGAGAAAAGACUCUAGAUUAAUAAUCGAUUUUCUCGGCAGUGUAUUGUGAAACCGAGUGCGUAGUUUCUCUGCACACCGAGUGCUGAAGAGAAACCAAUUAAAGUUUGGACCGGUUUUUCCGGAUUCACCGGAAGAUAACCUAUAGCCUUCGUCGCCGAGGUUCCUUGGAAGAUAUGUUGCCCUUCAGCCCUCCGAUUGUGAAACGUCUGCUGGGCUGGAAGAAAGCAUCGCCGGACGAUUCCGUGGAAGGUAAAUGGUGUGAGAAAGCAGUAAAAAGUCUGGUUAAAAAGUUGAAAAAGUCCGGCGCCCUAGAAGAACUGGAACGGGCUAUCACGACACAAAAUUGCAACACCAAAUGUGUCACGAUCCCAAGAGCCCGCCCAGCCAAUGGUGAAAAUGGAGUUGCGUUGAGGAAAGGCCUUCCACACGUUAUCUACUGCAGACUUUGGCGCUGGCCCGAUCUUCAGAGUCAAGCCGAACUGAAAGCGCUGGAUAUUUGCGAAUACGCGUACCACUUGAAAAAAGACGAAGUGUGCAUCAACCCGUAUCAUUAUACCAAAAUCGACUCACAAUCGCAGCAACCGUUGACGAUCCUCGUGCCGAAGAACCUAUCCACAUCUCAGGGAGGCGAAGGUUCCGUUACCUAUACCUUGGAUGAUUUGAGCAAUACCGUACCGGUUAACAUUCAGUACAACAAUGCGCUGAAUGACAAUUAUGUAACCAGCCCACAGCCAGUACAGCAACAACCUCAGCAGCAACACCAAACCGCACCGUCAUACAUGGAGGUCACACUGGGUCAGCAGAUCCCGACCAACACCACGAUUAUGGACUCGGUGAAUGUCGGAGUGAGCACUAUUCCAAACACAGAAACACCUCCACCCGGAUACAUGUCGGAAGACGGUGAUCCUCUGGAUCAAAAUGAUAAUAUGACGGACAUGUCCCGCCUGUCCCCUGCCAUGGACGCACAACCGGUGAUGUAUCACGAGCCUGCGUUCUGGUGUUCGAUUAGCUAUUACGAGCUAAAUCUACGCGUCGGCGAAACCUUCCACGCCUCCCAGCCCUCGAUCACGGUAGACGGCUUUACGGAUCCAUCCAACUCAGAGAGAUUUUGUUUGGGACUACUGUCGAACGUAAACCGCAACGAGGUAGUCGAACAGACGCGUCGCCAUAUUGGCAAAGGUGUUCGAUUGUACUACAUCGGAGGUGAGGUGUUCGCUGAAUGUCUCAGUGAUUCUAGCAUCUUUGUACAAAGUCCUAAUUGUAAUCAGCGGUAUGGCUGGCAUCCGGCUACCGUGUGUAAGAUACCACCUGGAUGUAAUCUAAAGAUUUUCAACAAUCAGGAAUUCGCAGCUUUAUUGUCACAGUCCGUUUCGCAGGGGUUCGAGGCGGUCUACCAACUCACACGAAUGUGCACAAUUAGAAUGUCCUUCGUCAAGGGAUGGGGCGCAGAGUAUAGACGACAAACUGUUACCUCAACACCGUGCUGGAUUGAAUUGCAUUUAAACGGUCCACUACAGUGGCUGGACCGCGUUCUAACCCAGAUGGGUUCACCACGAUUGCCAUGUAGUUCUAUGUCAUAAAACAAUGUAACCUGCAAGAAGCGAAAUGAAAUUGUGACACGCUGAAAACAAAUAUCAGACAAACUACAAAUUCGUACUAUUAAGGAAUGUCAAGAAAUACGAGAGAUAUUGUAAGUGAAACGACCGAUACCAGUUUUGGUUAGUUUAGUUUUAAGUUUGGAACAUUUUUUUCUGUUUGAUAAAUACUGCUGUUUCAAUAGCGCUAAAACAUCCCAAGCUUCCUUCAUAAGAGUAGCGAAAACAGUUGAGAUCAGGCCAAAAAGGCAGUUAAUUUUUUUUUUCGAAACGUGUACAGACAACAAGAAUGCGUAUAAUUAUUAACUAACUAUUAGAAUAUUUUUAUGUUGGCAGUGUCCCCAUUCAACUACUAUUUUUUAUAAGUAUAACGUUUGUGUUUUGCUAAUAAACGGGAGAGUAUUCUUCCAAUCGUACUGCUAUGAGCAUUAUAUUGAAGAAAAUCAAUCAAAUGUAGUUUCAUAAUACCACAAAGUUUGUUAUAACAUAUUUUUAUGAAACUGUUGAAGGCAAACGGAACGUGAAAUUCAAAAUUUCCCAAAUUUUAAGUCGUUGACACAAAGGUACAGAUUCGGUGCAUUGGAGAUACUCGAAUAUAAGACAAAAAUUAAUAAUAUUGGUAAACGUAUAGAUUUGAGAGAGAACGGUUAAUUUGGUUUUUAUUUCAAAAGUAGAAGUCAACUGAAUGACAAUUAAAACACAGCGUACUAUUUUCGGAGAAGGUUCAAUGAACGUUUUGAAGUGAUACGACAUAGGAUUAGGAGAGAGAGUAAAAGCAAAAGUAACGCAUAUAUGACGUUUGUGAUUUGUAUCCUUUGUCCUUUCUUUUCGAAAGAAAUGUCAAAUGGUUGAAAUAUUAGUAAGACACAAUUUAGCGAUUAGUUGCUUGAAAUACAUAAUAAAAAUACA